GAUAACAAAAGUCUGAACUUAGCUACAAAUCAGUGUUGGCGAACAGUGCUUCGCAAUAUUAUUCUUUAAGAAAUUAGAACAAUAUUGUAAUAAUAACCAUGCUUUCCAGCCUCAGGACUGGAGUUCAGGGCCUGUUGCGUGCUUCAUCCAGGAGUCUGCAAACUAGCUCAGCCCUCCAGCAUGACAGCCUGUUCGUCCACCGAGACACUCCUGAGGACAACCCUAAAGUCCCCUUCGAGUUCACAGAGGCCAACCAAAAGAGAGUCCAAGCCCUCUUAGACAUCUACCCUGAAGGACACAAGCGUGGAGCCAUGAUUCCCCUGCUGGACCUGGCCCAGCGUCAGGCCGGAGGAUGGCUGCCCAUCUCCGCCAUGCACAAAGUAGCUGAAAUCCUGAAAUUACCCCGCAUGAGGGUCUAUGAAGUUGCUACCUUCUAUACCAUGUUUAUCAGACGACCCAUCGGCAAAUACCACGUCCAGAUUUGCACGACGACUCCCUGCUGGCUCCGAGGCUCCGACGCCAUCCUGAAGGCGCUCACCGAAACUACUCAGUGCUCCGUCGGUGGCAACAGUCCCUGUGGAAAGUUCUCCAUUUCCGAGGUUGAAUGCCUCGGCGCCUGUGUAAAUGCUCCUAUGAUUCAAGUCAACGAUGAUUACUAUGAGGAUCUGACGGUUGAAGACACAAAAGAGAUCAUAGAAAAGCUCAAGAGAGACGAGAAACCGAAGCCUGGCCCUAGGAGUGGAAGAUUCGCAUCGGAACCUCUGGGUGGUCUGACAUCUUUGUCUGAAGAACCGACCGGCCCCGGCUACGGACUACAGGAUGCCCUCAAGGGCUAGACCUUCUGUUUUGUAAAUUUGUUACCAUAGGGAAUAUUUAAAUAAAUCAUGUUAGAUCAUUUGUU